AUGUCCGACGUCUACGUCGACCGACAGCAACUUGAGAGAGAUGAAAUAUGGUGGAGGGAUCGGCAGCAGUUCCUGCAGUCCAAGGGCUACAUGCUCCGACCUCGCUUUCGUCCUGGCUGGGUACCCUCGUGGCUCACGAGUGGCAAGCAUCCUUACAAGUCGGAAGAUGGAAUCCUUCUACCGAUGGCCAGCCAUACUAUAGAUGCUACUCGCAUGUCUGACGGAAAGAUGGUUUAUCUCAAGCGUGUCAAGGCCAAGAAUCGCGAGGCGUCGAUCGCGUGCUCUCUAUACUCAGAGCCCUUGCGUAGGGAUCCCAUGAACCAUUCAGUCCCCGUGCUGGAUACAUUUGCGGACCCUGUUGUUCCCGGCGACUCGUUCAUGGUUAUGCCAUUCCUCCGCGAGCCUGACGAUCCUCCCUUUGAACGGGUCGGCGAAGUUGUGGACUUUGUCGACCAGGUCUUACAGGGACUGGUUUUCAUGCACGAGCAGGGUAUCGCACAUCGAGACUGCUCCCUCGACAACAUCAUGAUGGACGCCUCUGAGAUGUUUCCGGAUGGCUUCCACCCAAUCUUUCAGGACAAUGGGCUGGACGGCUUCUCCCGCCUACGCUCACGGCCGAGAAGUUUCGUCUCGGUCAAGUACUACUUCAUCGACUACGGCAUCUCGUCUGUCUUCUCCCCCGGCCAGCCCCACCUUGUAACUGGUUUGGAUGGUCGUGAUCGAGACGUGCCAGAGUUGUCGAGUACUACGCCAUACGAUCCAUUCGCAGUCGACGUCUUCCUCAUCGGCAAUAUGUUCAGGAAGACUCUUUUCGGGAAGUACUCUAACUUGCAGUUCCUUGAGUUCUUGGUACUUCGAGCAACACAUCCAACGCCGUCCCAAAGACCUGAAUCGCACGAGCUUUUGAAGCUCUGGAUAUCGGAGCGGGAUCGUCUAUCGCAUCUGCACAAAUGCUGGCGCUUGCGAGAACGGACCGAGUUCACGUUGACAACAAUCAUCUGGGACUGUGCCAGCUUGGUUGGCUACAUAUACUCUUACCUAACAUUCCUAUUGACUUGA